AUGUCCGGUCCGCCCGGGUACAGGGGUCCGCCUCCCUCAGGUCCCUCCGCCAUGAGAGGUCCUCCUCCCGGCAUGCCACCCUCUGCCUCUACGUCCUAUCGCGAGCCUGCUGCGCUCACGCAGGAGCAGCUCCAAGCCAAGGCGCGCAAAUGGCAGCAAACACAGAGCCGUCGCUUCGGCGAUCGCACAGGGAAGACCGGCUUUGUCGACACAGGAAAGCAAGAGAUGCCCCCCGAAGUGCUUCGAAAAAUCAUCAAAGAGCAUGGCGACAUGACCAACCGCAAGUACCGUCAGGACAAGCGCGUCCAUCUCGGUGCGCUCAAGUAUCUUCCUCAUGCCAUGAUGAAGGUGCUCGAAAACAUCCCCAUGCCCUGGGAGCAAAUCCGCGAAGUGCCCGUCCUCUACCACAUCACCGGCGCCAUCACUUUUGUCAACGAGGUCCCAAAGGUCAUCGAACCCGUCUUUCACGCACAGUGGGCCUCCAUGUGGAUCGCCAUGCGCAGAGAGAAGCGUGACAGGCGACAUUUCAAGCGCAUGCGGUUCCCACCCUUUGAUGACGAGGAGCCCGUCGUCGACUACUCGGACAACUUGUUGGAUGUCGAACCGCUCGAAGCCAUUCAGCUUGAGCUCGACGAGGAAGAGGACGGCGCCGUCAUCGACUGGUUCUACGACCACAAACCGCUCAUCAACAACCGCAAGCACGUCAACGGCCCGUCCUAUCGCUUCUGGAAUCUCGACCUGCCGCAGAUGGCCACUCUCCAUCGUCUCGGUCGCACUCUGCUCAGCGAUGCAUCCUCGUCGGGCGAUCGCAACUCGUUUUACCUCUUCGAUAAGAAGGCCUUCUUCACAGCAAAGGCGCUCAACAUGGCCAUUCCCGGCGGUCCAAAGUUCGAGCCUCUCUUUAAAGACACGGAUGGGUUCGAUGACGACUUCACUGAUUUCACUGAUUUUCGCAAGGUCAUUAUCCGCCAGCAGAUCCGCACCGAGUACCGCGUCGCCUUCCCGCAUCUCUACAACAGCAGGCCGCGCGCCGUCCACAUUGGCACCUAUCACGAGCCCAAGAACGUCUACAUCCGGUCCGACGACAUUGACCAGGCGUUCUACUUUGAUCCAGCCAUCAAUCCUAUCUCAGGGCGAACCCUCGUCAGCUCAAAUGCGUUCCGCACAGAGUACGACGACGGUACUCCUGUUCUCAGCCACGAGGACCAAGUAUUUGGCCCUGGCGUCGAGUCCGACGACGAACUGCCCGACGAAGUCGCCUUCUCCCUGCCCGACCAGAUUGAACCCUUCCUGGAGGAUGCGCCGCUCGAGAACGAGCUUACAGCCGAUGCCAUCGCCCUGUGGUGGGCGCCGAAACCCUACUCACUUCGCAGUGGACGCACACGCCGCGCCGUCGAUGUGGCGCUCAUUCAACCGUGGUACUUGGAACACUGUCCACCCAAUCAACCGGUCAAGGUGCGUGUCAGCUACCAGAAGCUGCUCAAGAAUUACGUCUACAACAGCCUGCACACCACCAAGCAAAAGGUGCACAAGCGCACAAACCUCUUGCGAGAGCUCAACAAUACCAAGUUCUUCCAGAACACCUCGAUCGAUUGGCUUGAGGCAGGUCUUCAGGUAGCAAAGCAGUCGUUCAACAUGAUGAACCUCCUCAUCCACCGCAAGGGCGCCUCGUACCUUCACCUCGACUACAACAUGAACCUCAAGCCCACCAAGACGCUCACCACCAAGGAGCGAAAGAAGAGUCGCUUCGGUAACGCUUUCCACCUGGUGCGCGAAUUGAGCCGUGUCAUGAAGCUCGUGGUCGACGCGCAUGUCCAGUUCCGUCUCGGGUCCAUCGAUGCCUUCCAGCUGGCUGACGGCCUCCAGUAUCUGUUCAACCACGUGGCAACCCUAUCCGGUAUCUACCGCUACAAAUACCGCUCGAUGCGUCAGAUCCGGGCCUGCAAGGAUCUCAAGCAUGUCAUCUACUACCGCUUCAAUGCUGCUGGCGUCGGUAAGGGUCCUGGUGUCGGCUUCUGGGCGCCCUCGUGGCGUGUUUGGAUCUUCUUCCUGCGCGGUAUCGUACCGCUGCUCGAACGCUGGCUUGGCAACCUGCUGGCGCGUCAGUUUGAAGGCCGUGGCGGUCGCUCCGGUGCUCAGUCGAUUACCAAGCAGCGUGUCGAGUCGGCCAUGGACCUUGAACUGCGCGCCAGCGUCAUGCACGACAUUCUCGACGCCAUGCCCGAAGGCAUGCGCCAGAACAAGAUUAAGACCAUCAUGAGUCAUCUGCAAGAGGCAUGGCGCGCUUGCCGCAGUAACACACCAUGGAGUCCCAACCUGCCAGCACCCAUCGAGAAUCUCAUCCUGCGCUACGUCAAGCAGAAGUUCGACUGGUGGACAUCCGUGGCGCAUCAGCAGCGUGCACGAAUCGCGCGCGGCGCUACCGUCGAUAAGACGGCCGUGCGUAAGAACCAGGGUCGUCUCACCCGUCUCUUCCUGCGUGCCGAGCAAGAGCGUCAGGCCGAUUACCUCAAGAGCGGGCCCUACAUCACCUCGGAAGUCGGUGUGGCUGCCUUCACAGCUACCGUGCAGUGGCUUGAGGCGCGUCGGUUCAGCCCUAUCCCCUUCCCCAGUCUCAACAACAAGCACGACGUUAAGCACCUGGUCCUCGCGCUUGAUUCGCUCAAGGAAGCCUAUUCGGUCAAGGGCCGUCUCAAUCAAAGCCAGCGUGAAGAGCUUGCGCUCAUCGAACAGGCCUUUGACAACCCGCACGAAACACUGGCGCGUAUCAAACGACUUAUGCUGACGCAGCGUGCCUUUAAGGAAGCCGGCUUCGAGUUCUUUGACACAUUCAGCAAAUUGACCCCCACCUACGACAUCGAGCCCAUCGAAAAGAUCACGGAUGCCUAUCUCAGCCAGUACCUUUCGUACGAGGCCGACAAGCGCCAGCUGUUUCCUGCGUGGAUCAAGCCCAGCGACUCGGAGCCUGCACCGCUGCUCGUAUACAAAUGGUGCAACGGCAUUAACAACGCGAACGAGAUCUGGGACACGUCCGAAGGGCAGUGCAACGUGCUCAUGGAGACGACGCUCAGCAAGGUGUUUGAGAAGAUGGACCUCACGCUGCUUAACCGCCUCCUUCGACUGAUCAUGGAUCACAACUUGGCCGACUACAUCACCGCCAAGAACAACAUCUCGAUCGUGUUCAAGGACAUGUCGCACGUCAACUCGUACGGGCUCAUUCGCGGUCUGCAGUUCAGCGCCUUUGUAUUCCAGUACUACGGCCUGGUGCUCGACUUGCUCAUCCUCGGCCUCCAGCGCGCCAACGAGAUGGCGGGGCCGCCCAACAUGCCCAACGGCCUCUUCCAGUUCCGCGACACCGCCACCGAGACGCGUCAUCCCGUGCGCCUGUACACACGAUACAUCGACCGAAUCCACAUCCUCUACCGCUUCACCGCCGAAGAGGCGCGCGACCUGGUGCAGCGCUACCUCACUGCCAAUCCUGAUCCGAACAACAGCAACGUCAUCGGCUACAACAACCGAAAGUGUUGGCCGCGCGACGCUCGCAUGCGUCUUGUCAAGCACGACGUCAAUCUCGGUCGCGCCGUGUUCUGGACGGUCAAGAACAGCCUGCCACGAUCGCUCACCACCAUCGAGUGGGAAGACACGUUCUGCUCCGUCUACAGCAAGGACAAUCCGAACCUGUUGUUCUCGAUGCUCGGCUUUGAGGUCCGUAUCCUGCCCAAGAUCCGACAAGAAGAUGUCGAUGUGGCGCGCGACGGCGUGUGGCCGCUCAUCCAGGCCAGCUCUGGUGAGCGCACCUCGACCGCCUUCCUGCGCGUGUCCGAGGAAGGCAUCGCCAACUUCAGCAACCGCGUCCGCGCGCUGCUCAUGUCGGCUGGUGCAGCUCCCUUCAGUAAGAUCGCGAAUAAGUGGAACACGUGUCUGAUCGCGCUUAUGACCUACUACCGUGAAGCCGUCGUCAAUACCGAGGAGAUGCUCGACCUGCUCGUGCGCAGCGAGAACAAGGUGAUUAACCGCAUCAAGUCUGGCGUCAACAGCAAGAUGCCUUCCCGCUGGCCCAUCCACAUCCUUGCGUCGCCGAAAGAGCUCGGUGGUCUUGGCAUGCUCUCGAUGGGCCACGUGCUCAUUCCAGCCUCGGACCUCAAGUACUCGCGUCAAACCACUACCGGCAUCACCCAUUUCCGUGCAGGUCUCUCGAAUCAGGAGGAUCAGCUCUUGCCGGCCCUGUACCGCUACAUUACUCCCUGGGCCUCCGAGUUCGAAGACUCGGCGCGUGUCUGGCAGGAGUACGCGCAGAAGCGCAAAGAAGCCAACGAACAGAAUCGUCGCUUGACGCUCGAGGAUCUGGAAGAUUCAUUCCACCGCGGUCUGCCGCGUAUCGCGACACUCUUCCAGAAGGACCGCACUAUCUUGUCCUACGACAAGCUCUGGCGUGUCCGCCAGGAGUUCAAGAAGUAUCAAAUCGCAAAGGCACAGCCGUUUGCAUGGACCAACCAGCGCCACGACGGAAAGCUGCACAACCUCAACCAGCUCCGUACCGACACCAUCGCAGCGCUCGGCGGUGUUGAGACCAUUCUAGAGCACUCGCUCUUUGCCGCCACGGGCCAUCCAACCUGGGAGGGUCUGUUCUGGGAGAAGUCGUCGUCGUUUGAGGAGAGCAUGCAACAGAAGCGUCUCACCAACGCACAGCGCUCUGGUCUCUCGCAGAUUCCCAACCGUCGAUUCACGCUGUGGUGGUCGCCCACGCUGAACCGCAGCAGCGUCUACAUUGGUUUCCAGGUGCAGCUUGAUCUGUGUGGUGUCUUGAUGUCCGGCAAGAUGCCCUCGCUCAAGAUCUCGUACAUUCAGCUCUUCCGCGCGCAUUUGUGGCAAAAGAUCCACGAGUCGGUCGUCAUGGACUUGUGUCAGGUCUUUGAUCAAGAACUCGAAGCGCUUUCCAUCGAGACGGUGCAAAAGGAAACGAUCCAUCCGCGAAAGUCGUACAGGCUCACCGCUUCGAGCUCUGACAUUUUACUGUUUGCCAGCUACAAGUGGCCCAUGUCACGGCCAUCGCUGCUGACCGACUCGCGCGAUGUCAUGGACGGCUCCAGCGGAAACAAAUGGUGGGUCGACGUCCAGCUACGAUGGGGCGACUACGACUCGCACGACAUCGAGCGCUACUGUCGCGCCAAGUUCCUCGACUACACGAGCGACAACACGUCCAUCUACCCGUCUGCCACGGGUGCACUGGUUGGCAUCGACCUCGCCUACAACAUCCACUCGGCCUACGGCAUCUGGUUCCCCGGCAGCAAGCCACUCAUUCAGCAGGCGAUGGCCAAGAUCAUGAAGGCCAAUCCGGCGCUGUACGUGCUGCGAGAGCGUGUGCGCAAGAGUCUGCAGCUGUACAGCUCCGAACCCACCGAGCCGUACCUCAACUCCAACAACUACGCAGAGCUGUUCAGCAACCAGAUCAUCUGGUUCGUCGACGACACCAACGUCUACCGAGUCACCAUCCACCGUACGUUUGAAGGCAACCUGGUCACCAAGCCCAUCAACGGCGCCAUUAUCAUCUUGAACCCGAGAACCGGUCAGCUCUUCCUCAAAGUCAUUCACACCUCGGUCUGGGCCGGUCAGAAGCGAUUGGGCCAGCUCGCCAAGUGGAAGACAGCCGAAGAGACGAUCGCGCUGGUGCGCAGUCUGCCCGUCGAGGAGCAGCCCAAGCGCAUCAUCGUCUCGCGCAAGGGUAUGCUCGAUCCACUCGAGACGCACUCGCUCGACUUCCCCAACUUGUCCAUCGUCGGUUCCGAGCUGCAGUUGCCGUUCCAGUCGUUCCUCAAGCUCGAGGCCAUCGGCGAUCUGGUGCUGAAAGCGACGCAGCCGCAGAUGGUGCUCUACUCGUCGUACGACAACUGGAUGUCCAACGUCAGCAGCUUCACCGCCUUCUCCCGACUAAUCCUCCUGCUGCGUUCACUGCACGUCAACCAGGAGAAGGCCAAGAUCAUCCUGCGUCCUCAUCCCGGUGUCGUGACCGAGCCGCACCACCUCUGGCCCACGCUCACGGACGAAGAAUGGAUCAAGGUCGAGAUUCAGCUUCGCGACCUGAUUCUGGCCGACUUCGGCAAGCGCAACAACGUCAACGUCAACUCGCUGACAUCGUCCGAGAUUCGCGAUAUCAUUCUCGGUAUGACGAUCCAGGCGCCGUCGGUGCAGCGUCAGCAGAUGGCCGAGCUGGAGAAGACGGCCGAGGCAGCACAGCAGGUGACGGCGACGCAGACGCGCACGGUCAACGUGCACGGCGAGGAGAUCCAGACCGUCACCACGACGCAGUACGAGAACAAGGUGUUCAGCUCCAAGUCGGAUUGGCGCGUGCGAGCACUGUCAGCAACCAACCUGCCGCUGCGAUGCCAGCAUCUGUAUGUGUCGAACGACGACAUAAAGGACGAUGUGGAUUCGCUCACCUACGUCAUGCCCAAGAACAUCCUCAAGACCUUUAUCGUCAACGCCGACUUGCGCACACAGGUGGCUGGGUACAUGUACGGUGUUUCGCCUCCCGACGCGCCGAGCAUCAAGGAGAUCAAGGUGAUUGUGUGGGUGCCUCAGCGCGGGUCCAACCACCGCGUCGAGCUGCCCGAUGACCUACCGCAGCACGACUUUAUCCUCAAAGACCUCGAGCCGCUCGGGUGGAUCAAGACAUCGUCGAUGGACCUGCCGCACCUGCCCCCGCAAGACGUUGCGAUGCACGCGCGCACCAUGGCGGCACACACCGAGUGGGGCGCCUCAACCAUCUGCAUCACAUGUGCCUUCACGCCCGGUUCCGUCUCGCUCUCGGCAUACAAUCUCACUGUCGCCGGAUUCGAGUGGGGCCGCAAAGCCAGCGAUACAGAGAUCGCCGCUGGGGGAGGUGGGUUCAACGCAGGCACGAUGAUGGACCGUGUGCAGCUGUUGCUCAGCGACCGCAUCUUGGGUACGACGCUGACGCCGAGCGAAGGGGCGUGGAACUACGGCCUGAGUCUGUCGGCGCAGUGGACGAGCGCGUUCAAGUACAGUGUGGUGCUCGACAGACCGGCUGCGUUCUGGGACGAGGUUCACAGGCCGCAGAAUUUUUUGACGUUCACCAACGCGGCGGACGAGUAUGACACAGGUGACGUCGCUGACGUUCAGGAUGCGUUUGCAUAA